AGGUCCAAAGUGCACGAGGACCCAGUCUGGGUUUGGUCGUGGUUCAUUCCUGGUUUAGUUCAAAGAACGGUCUAAAGUCCGUCCUCUGAGGAGACCAGGACCAGGGGCACAUUAGCCGACUACAGGUGCAGAGAUGCAGCAGGCCCAAGAGGAGAGAACCCCGGGGAGGGUCGCCGGAGAACAGGAAGCCCAAGAGCAGAGCGGCGCGGGGAGAAGCGCAGCAGGACAGGGAGCAGAGACCCAAAGGAGUCCGGGGAGGAGCGUCCUGUGCGUGGGGCUCGUGUGUCUGGACAUCAUCAACGUGGUGGACCAGUACCCGCUCGAGGACUCGGACACCAGGUGUGUGUCUCAGCGGUGGCAGCGUGGAGGAAAUGCCUCAAAUUCCUGCUCUGUCCUGUCUCUGCUCGGGACCAACACUUCAUUCAUGGGGUCAAUAAGUCCAGGACCAGUCUCAGAUUUUAUUUUGGAGGACUUCAAGAAGUUCCACAUCAACAUGUCUCUGGUCACGGAGCAUGCUCAGUGUGUAGUUCCUACGUCCAUCGUCAUUGGCAACCAGAGUAAUGGCUCCCGCACCAUCCUGCACAUGAACAGCUUCAUCGUGGCAGACCUGCGGCGGCUCUGUGUGGGCUCUGAGCUAGUCUGGGUUGAGGGUUCGACUCCGGUCGCUUGCUGCGUCGUGUGUCCCAUGAAUGGUACCAGGACCGUGGUGCUACAUGACACAAACCUUCCGGACGUUUCUCUGGAGGAUUUCUCCAAAAUCGACCUGCGACAGUUCCACUGGAUUCAUUUUGAGGGCAGAAAUGCCUCUGAACAGGCCCGGAUGAUUCAGCAUGUGGCGCUGUGGAAUGCCUCUGUGCCUGAGGAGGAUCAUAUCACCGUCUCUGUGGAGAUCGAGAAAACCAGAGAGGAGCUUUACGUGCUCUUCAACAUGGCCGACGUGGUGUUUGUGAGUAAAGAUGUGGCUCAAAGUCUGGGGUUUGAGUCUGCGAGAUCUGCAGUGACCGGACUGUAUCCCCGAGUGAGACCAGGCUGCACCCUCAUCUGUGCCUGGGCGGAGCUUGGUGCUGAUGCAAACAAAGAUGGCGUCCUGUUCCACUCACCAGCGUUUCCUCCAGAGAAACUCAUUGACACAUUAGGAGCCGGAGACACGUUCAAUGCUGCGGUCAUCCACACACUUAGCACAGGAGGUGGGCUGCAAGAGGCGCUCUUGUUCGGCUGUUGUGUUGCAGGAGCAAAAUGCGGUUUCCAAGGAUAUGAAGAGAUUGCGCAAAAGUUUGGACCAAAAUCAGAUCAGACCUGAGACCGGGGUUAGUCCUGAGACCGGGGUUAGUCCUGAGACCGGGGUUAGUCCUGAGACCGGGGUUAGUCCUGAGACCGGGGUUGGACCAGAGGCCAGGGUUGGACCAGAGGCCAGGGUUGGACCAGAGACCAGGGUUGGACCAGAGACCAGGGUUGGACCAGACUCGGACUAGACCAGAGACCAAUUAGUGAAAGUUUAUUUAGAAUUGCACUUUAAAUUGAUCAAACCCUGAAGUCCUGUGUAAAAGCUGCUAACCUGUACUUUAUCCUCUACUAAACAUGUUCUGAUUCAUGGAAUGACUUAUUGUAAUCAUAAACCCUCAGCAGUUUGAAACAGACUUUCUUUCAUUGAUCAUUCUAUAAUCUGUAUCAUUGUUUGCUAAAAUGUUCAUUAAACCGAUUUGCAAAUAAAUGGGUCAAAUCU